GGAUGUGAAGAGUGAUGCGCGUGUACCGACACAUCUCGAGUGGUUAUGAUUAGUGGCGGUGUGUACUCGCCUCCAACCACCAGCCGCGCAGGUCCCCCGCCAACAGGUCCCGCGCAGGUCCCCCGCCAACAUGACCGAAUGGAUGGAGGGGGCAGUAAACGGUGCACACUACUGGUAUAACUACGAGGGUGGUGCCAUGUGCGCUCUGACCACCCCCGACAAGGAUUGCAGAAGCAAGGGGGACAAGCGCCUCAAGGUCAAAUGCGCCGCGUGCCACAUGGUAGUACAUGAGGAGUGCCGGGAGGAUCUUUCAGUUCGGUGCCGGACUACAUUCAGAGAUGCUAGUUUCAAAAAAGAGGCCUGGACGCCUCAUCAUUGGGUGCUGCAAAGGAAAGGGUUCGGGACUAAAUGCAGGGGCUGUAACAAGACACUCACUAAAAGUGGAGGCUGGAGUACGGGGAGAAACAGCAAGUCCUUCAUUGCAGUCAGCUGUUCAUGGUGUAAGGACAUUUACCACACCUCCUGUUUUACUCUCAGUCUCAUUGAGGACCACUGUACGUUGGGAGACUCCGAACAGAUCAUAGUGCCCCCCAACUGGAUUGUGUUCACCAGUAAAAACAACAAGAAACCGGACAAGAGGAAAAUUAGUUAUUCGACUCGUCCCUCAUCUUGUUCCUCAAAACGGGGAAACCACAGGAAACGUCAGGAUCACGAAAAAGAGGAGGCUAGGCGACCUUUUCAUAUAAAGGUUGGAUCCUCAAACUCCACUAAAACACCGUUAUUAGUAUUUGUUAAUCCUAAGUCUGGUGGGAAUCAGGGCGCCUCUCUCAUUCACGCUUUUCAAUGGUUUUUAAAUCCACGUCAAGUUUUCGAUAUGAUGGAUGGUGGACCGACCCUUGGUCUUCAGUUGUAUCAAAAUGUGGCAAAUCUACGGAUAUUGUGUUGUGGUGGAGAUGGCACAAUCGGCUGGGUCUUGUCAGAGAUUGACAAACUAAACUUUAUUAACCUGCCCCCUUGUGCUAUCCUACCUCUGGGCACUGGCAACGACCUAGCACGAGUAUUGAACUGGGGUGCCGCGUAUGCGGGUGAACCAAUCGACAAGAUCUUAUCUCAAGUAUCAGACGCAGUGGUACAUUGUUUAGACCGGUGGGAGAUAGUAGUGGAGAAUAUAGACUCCAGCCAGCUGACCCCGACCUCACCUCACUCAGCCUCUGUGGACGAAGUGGACUCUCAGAACUCGAAGGAUGACGACACUAUUGAGCAAGCCACCACACGGUUACCUGUCAAUAUCUUCAAUAAUUAUUUCGGGAUUGGAUUGGACGCUCACAUACAGUAUCAGUUUCAUACGGGUAGAGAAGCAAAACCAGAGAAAUUCAAUAGUCGGGCGUACAACAAAUUUGUUUAUUUCAAGGGUGGACUGUACGACACGUUUGAGCAAAAAUACAAAAACCUCUCAAAAUUUGUCGAGUUGACUUGUGAUGGUGAGGACUACACCGAGAAAAUCAGAGAGCAGAAAAUUCACUGCAUUGUAUUUUUGAAUAUUAAGAGCUAUUCUGGGGGUGUCAACCCGUGGGGUACGGCUCGAGGAGCAGCCCGCCCAGCGGCCAUGGACGACGGAUUCAUUGAGGUAGUGGGACUAUUCUCAGCACCAACCAUAGCUGCGCUUCAAGUUGGAAUACCUGGGAGCCGGAUAUGUCAGUGUAGAAAAGCUGUCGUUAAAACGAAGAAAGCCCUUCAUUGUCAAGUGGACGGCGAACCGUGUUAUAUUGUUCCUUCUACUUUUAAAAUCAGCAGAAGGAACCAAGCCCGGAUGUUGAUGAGGUGGAAGAGUAGAGAGAGCAAAUCCUUCAACUCAAUAUCUGUGGGGGAGAGCAGUGUGUGUAGUGUGGGACCCCCCUCCUGUAGUGACGACACACCUCCCGUUAAAAUAGCGCUUCAUAAGGUCACCGCUAAUGAUUUCCAGGCUAACUAUGGCUCUCUAGAGAAACUCCAAAGGGUGGCCCACCCGCUGACUAUCGUUAUGGUGCAACCUUCAUCCACUCUGGACAGCAUCAGACCAACUGUGGAGAGGUGGGUUCGAGAACAUUCCGCCAAUAAUCCUGGACUUCCGGGAUUGCUUUCUAACAACUGGGUGUUUCUACACCGAGCUAAUGACAGACUCUACCCCAUUUCUUCAGACAUGGAGGCUCAACUCAGUGUUCUGGAAAUGGUUCCAACUGGAAUUUUCAUACUGGACACCAGGAUCCGCAAUAACACUGACCAUCCUGAAUCACCGCCGAAGUUAAGACUGAGUGUUGAAAGCAAUGCCAUGCUGACACCCGAAUCCUCUUCUACCAAUAAUAUCCCUGUUACUCGGGAUACGGUGGCUGUUGUCAAGGAUACGAUCCCUGUGGUUAAGGAACCCACCACCUCACAAAAUUAUAUUGAUUAUCAGGCUGCGCCAUGAUCUCUUUUCUAAAUGUAUUUGGCCUGUACGUUAUCCCGUUGCAAUGUGGUAUUUUUAUGUUUUGUUGAUUCCUAGAAGUUAAUUAAAGCAUUUAUAGAAUUGCCGAAACCUUACCAUUAGUAAGUAUUGAUAUCCGAAAAUAUGGAUUAGAUUACAAUUUAGAUUAGUAUUACCUGUUUAAAGGUUCUGUAAAAGUUACAUAUUUAUUAUAUAAUGUACUUUCGUUUUGGUUUUUGUUAAACCACAAAUGUAAGUUAGCUAAGGAUAUCUUUUCUCGAAAUUUGUAAACCUUUUGAACAAGAGAAUAUGCCACUGCUAAAUCGCAUCAUCACUUCCAAGAUUGUAAAAAAUCAAUAUAUUCAACGACAUGACUUUUUAUCCUCGGUAUAAUUAAGGCAAAACUGGCUUGCACAAUACCUAACGAAAGUAGCUUGUACACAGUACAUUCACGAUAUAGUAAUGGCUAUAUAACCUGUAGGGAUCUCUGUGCUGUUUAGUGUCACUUUUGUCAUCGCUACGGUUACUGUAGUUACUAGGACCACCGUGUGUUUCUUGAAGCAUUCCUGUCACGUGUAUGUUGUUUUAGCUAACCGUUAAGAUUUAUAUUUGUUGUGUAUGAUGAAAGUUUAUUUUUGGAGUUAUGAUAUAUUUGAACAAUAUAUUAACUGUGAUGAUGAUGAUCUAGACUUUGUUUUAAAGCCUGUGGUACGUAAGAGGUUUUGCUUACUUGCAGAAAUUGAUUGCGUUAUUUUUAGUGUAACAAAUAAAUUUAUUAUAUUUAAUGGAAUUCGCAA